AUGAUAGAAGCAGAUAAAGUUGAGGGUGAGAGGAUAGAGGUUAUGGAAGUUGAUGGUGAGGCUGAGAGGACAGAAGCAGAUGAAGAUGAAGUUGAAGGUGAGAAGAUAGAGGUUAAGGAAUGUUAUGUUGAGGCUAAGAGGACAGAAGUAGAUGAAGAUGAAGUUCAGGGUGAGAGGAUAAAGGUUGAGGAAUGUCAUGUUGAGGCUGAAAGGACAAAAGUAGAUGAAGAUGAAGUUCAGGGUGAGAGGAUAGAGGUUGAGGAAUGUCAUGCUGAGGUUGAGAGGACAGACGCAAAUGAAGUUGGGGGUGAGAGGAUAGAGGUUGAGGAAUGUCAUGCUGAGGCUGAGAGGAUAGAAGCACAGGAUGGUGAGGCUUACACAAUAGAAGUUGAGGUUGAACCUUUUUUACUUGGGUCUGAAUCAUAUAUGGAAGAAGAUGAGAUUAGUGAUUCCAGUUUGUUCAAUGAUGAAUGGCAAUCUAAGGACUUAACUUCUCCUAUCAUAAGUGAUGAAGAAAGUGAAGAUGAAAAGGGAAAAUGGAGCAUCAGUGGAAUACCUUGUGUUCAUGCAUUGACAACAAUGAGGUUUCUCAACAUAGAAGCAAAGGACUACAUACAU